AUGAAAUAUUCAAAAAAUGAUACUCAGGCAACAGAAAUGCUUCCAUUUGAAAAGAAGAAACAUUUGUCACAUCAGGAAUCAGAUGAAUGCAUAUCAAAACAGGCAUACUACGAUGUCGGAAGUAAUUCCAUUGCGAUUAUUAGUUUGGACAAAAAGUGUGAUGAAAUUUUGACCAAUGCUUUUGAAAAAGCCAUGAAUAAACCGGAAAAUCUUAAAAUCAAAAUUAUAAAAAAUCCCAAAGAUUUUGAACACCUGUUACGUGUGGUUCAGGAUAUAUGCUUCAUAACAACUAUUCAGGAAUCAACCAGAAUUUAUGUAACUUGGUUCUUUUUUGAUUGUACAAAAAAUGAAGUAACAUAUAAGAAGAAAGAAGGAGUCAUGUGGAUAAUAUUGUUAUCACUAACGAUAGUUGCUAUCAUUAUCUGUGUGGCGAUUGGAGUUUGUUGUUAUUUAGCGUUUCGAAUGAAUAAUUUCAAGCCAAAUGAAAAACAUGAUAGUUCAAAGAAGGAGCAAACUUCAAAUGAAAAUGCCGAUGAAUUAUCUGACAAAUCAAUCAACAUUAAAUCACCUUCUGCUGUUAGUUAUUUGGAAAAUUUAAUUUGA